GCAAAUGAUGAUCCAAUCUGGAAACAAACCCCAUAGAGAGACAGAGCCGAGCAAUCGCAGCUCGGAGCGAGCGAGAGCCAUGGCGGCGCUGGAUCUGUCGAAGCUGGUGAAGGAGAGGAAGUUCUGGGUAGCCUCCUUCCUCGUCGCGUGGGCCGCCGCGCUCCAGGGUCACAUGAUGUGGGUGCAGCGGCAGGACGCGUUCAAGGACAAGUUCGGGGACCCCGACGCCCCAAACAAGGUCACCGAGGGCGAGCAGCCUGCCCCCAGCGGCGACGGCCUCGCGGGGGAGCAGCAGGGGAUGGUCACCGCUGACGGCGAGUUCAGAUAGAUGAUAUGAGAUGAGAACGAGAUCGCCUUUGUGAAGUUGUCCUGUUUUGCUAGAGCGAUGAUCGAUAUUGAUUUAUCAUGGCUAUAGCUGUUCUUGUCGACAUCGAUUCAUCAGCAUCUCAAAACCCUUGCUUUGCCCGUGCGUACUGCAUCAGCUAUGUGUAAUUAGUAGUACUAGCUACUAUCGCAAGCUUGUUCAUCGAAAUAAUAAUGUUUCUUUUACC